UGGCGCUCGCCCUCCGGCCGGGAAGCAUGGGGCUCCCCAGGUUCGUCUGCGCCUUCUUGCUCGCCGUCUGCUGCUGCAGUCGCCGGGCGGCUGGUGUGCCUGGAGAGGCCCAGCAGCCCGAGCCGGAGGUGGUGGAGGUGGAAGUGGGCAGCACUGCCCUUCUGAAAUGCAGCCCCUCCCAUUCCCAGGGCAACUUCAGCCACGUGGACUGGUUUUCUGUCCACAAGGAGAAGCCAACACUCAUCUUCCGUGUGCGCCAAGGCCAAGGCCACAGUGAGCCUGGGGAGUACCAAAACCGUCUCAGCCUCCAGGACAAAGGGACCACUCUGGUCCUGACACACGUCACCCCCCAUGACGAACGCAUCUUCCUGUGCCAGGGCAAACGCCCUCGGUCCCAGGAGCACCGCCUCCAGCUCCGUGUCUACAAAGCUCCAGAGGAGCCAAGCAUCCAGGUCAACAAUGUGGGCAUUUCUGUGAACAGUGAGGAGCCCGAGGAGGUUGCUACCUGUGUGGGGAGGAAUGGGUACCCCAUUCCUCAAGUCAUCUGGUACAAGAAUGGCCGGCCCCUAAAGGAGGAGAAGAACCGGGUCCAGAUCCAGUCCUCCCAGAUCGUGGAGUCCAGUGGUUUGUACACCUUGCAGAGUGUUCUGAAGGCGCAACUGGUUAAGGAAGACAAAGACGCCCGGUUUUACUGUGAGCUCGACUACCGACUGCCCAGUGGGAACCACAUGAAGGAAUCCAAAGAAGUCACUGUCCCUGUUUUCUACCCAACGGAGAAAGUGUGGUUGGAAGUGGAGCCUGUGGGAAUGCUGAAGGAAGGGGACCGUGUGGAAAUUAGGUGUAUGGCCGAUGGCAACCCCCAACCCCACUUCAGCAUCAGCAAGCAGAACCUCAGCACUAGGGAGAUGGAGGAAGAGACAACGUUAGACAAUGGGAUCCUGAUCUUGGAGCCCGCCCAGAAAGAGCACAGCGGGCUCUAUGAGUGCCAGGGUCUGGACCUGGAAACCACUACAUCGCUGAGCGAUCAACAGGAGCUGCUGGUGAACUAUGUGUCUGAUAUGCGGGUGAGUCCGGCAGCCCCCGAGGGCCAGGAGGGCAGCAGCCUCAAUCUGACCUGUGAGGCAGAGAGUAACCAGGCCCUUGAGUUCCAGUGGCUGAGAGAGAAGACAGGCAAGGUGCUGGAAAAGGGGCCCGUGCUCCAGUUACACAACCUGCAACGGGAAGCAGGAGGAGGCUACCGCUGUGUGGCAUCAGUGCCCCAUGUACCCGGCUUGAACCGCACACAGCUGGUCAACGUGGCCAUUUUUGGCUCCCCGUGGAUGACAUUAAAGGAGAGGAAGGUGUGGGUGAAAGAGAACACAAUGUUGAAUCUGUCUUGCGAAGCAACAGGCCAUCCUCAGCCCACUAUCACCUGGAAUGUCAAUGGCACGACAAGUCAACAAAACGAUUCGCAGAGUAUCCUGAGCGUCCUGAAUGUCCUGGUGACUCCAGAGCUGUUGGAGACAGGUGCCAAAUGUGUGGCUUCCAACUCUGAGGGCGAAAACACUACUGUCAUUUUCCUGGAGCUGGUCUCCAACACAUCCACUGACCUCAGCACCUACACUGUCAGUGCCCACCCCAGAGCCAACAGCACCUCCACAGAGAAAAAGCUGCCAGAGCCAGAAAGCAAGGGUGUGGUCAUCGUGGCUGUGACGGUGUGUGUCCUGGUCCUGGCUGUGCUGGGAGCUGUCCUCUAUUUCUUCUACAAGAAGGGCAAGCUGCCUUGUGGGCGGUCAGGCAAGCAAGAGAUCACGCUGCCCCCGUCUCGUAAGGGUGAAUUUGUAGUGGAAGUUAAGUCAGAUAAGCUCCCCGAAGAGAUGGGCCUUCUACAGGGCAGCAGCGGUGACAAGAGGGCUCCAGGAGACCAGGGAGAGAAAUACAUCGAUCUGAGGCACUAGCUGGCUGAAUCACAGCUCCCUUCCUGCCUGGAACAUUUCUUGCUCCCUGCUCACUCUCCUCCCCAGCACUGAGGAUGGUUGCCAAAGCCUCUAAAAUGGACUAGAGAAGACCUGCUCCAGCUCACCUGCAGACUCCAUCUCAGGACAAAUGGGCUAGGAAGAGAGCGUCCUCUGCAGGACCUCCCCUGGCCCUGGAGGCCCUUCUUCAGGGACCAACCUAUCACCAUCCCAAUUUCUUGAGUGACACUCAUCCCAAGGAAGGGGCCUCAGCGACCCAGGAAUGGAUAGGAGAGUUGGCUGCAGAACAUGUUUCUCUUUUACACACAUUAUGGAUAUAAAUAACUGUCUUCGACCAGCAGCUGAAUUGGGUGGCCUAUUUUCUGAGCUGGAUUGUGCCCCAUAGUCUGGCUUCAUAAUUCAGUUGUAUCACUGAAGUGAAGACACACAAAGCCCAGGCCCCUCUCACUGGUAAAGAAUGUUGCUCACACCGAUUCUAGAAAGUAGCUCAUUAGUAUCUAGAAGCAGCUUCCUGCCUGCCUCCAGAAUCCCUUACGUGACACUCCUUUCUCCGGGCAGAAGCCAGGAACUAGUGUCAUUCCUUAACGGAAAUACGGGGCUAUUCCAUUGUCCUUGCAAUGAGGAAGAUGGGGUUUUCCAGAAUUAAGACUAUUCCGUCCAGGCUCCUGAUAGCCUCUCAGGGAUCAUGUGAGGCUGAAAGGUGGGGGUAGGAGACAAGAGAUGAGGUCCAGCUUCUCCUUUACGGGGAUAAGGGCUAUAAUUAUACUAGUCCCUAACUUCUACAAACUGAGCGAAUGGGCCUAGACCCUAGCAAAAGGGGGCCGAGGGCAGAAUGGUACUUAGGGAUGAGAAACGGGCCUGGCUAGAGCUUGGGGUAUGUAUGUGUAUAUGUAUCUGCGCGUGCGUAUCUAUAUAUAUGGUUUUGUUAGGUUGUGUGUAAAUUUGCAAAUUGUUUCGUGUGUGUGUGUAUGCACGUGUGGGGGUGUGUGUGUGUACAAUAAAGCUUAAUUGUCCCAGAAAUCUUGCAUUGCUUUUUAUUCAUCAUG